ACCCAGGGCUUUUAGGUCCCAGGUUUGUCAGACGCGUCACCUCGUUCUCUCACAUCCUAGCCUUCGAGGCGUUGAGCAAGACUUGAAGAGCAACGCCUGGAACUACAUUUCCCAUGAUGCCCCUCGUGUGCACGCAACCCAGCCUGCAACGUCGCUCCCAUGGCAACCCAAGAGUCCACACAGUUCCGCCCGCUUGGGUGAUCACGGGCCUGCUUAUUUUAGGCGAGUCCCAACGCCGAGUUCACGACACCGGGGUGGUGGAGCCAGGAUGCCCAGUGAAACUCUCUGGGAAAUUGCAAAAGCAGAAGUGGAAAAACGGGGAAGCAGUGGAGGUGAAGGUGAUGGAGUUGAAAUUGGAGAAAAAUCUGUUUUCUUCAUUGGCAGUAAAAAUGGGGGAAAGACUACUAUUAUUCUAAGGUGUCUUGACAGGGAUGAGCCACCAAAACCAACCUUAGCUUUGGAAUAUACAUAUGGAAGAAGAACAAAAGGGCAUAAUAUACCAAAAGAUAUUGCUCACUUUUGGGAACUAGGUGGAGGGACCUCUUUAUUGGACUUAAUCAGUAUACCCAUCACAAGUGACACCUUACGGACAUUUUCUAUUGUUCUUGUUCUGGAUCUUUCAAAACCUAAUGACCUUUGGCCCACCAUGGAAAAUCUGUUGCAAGCCAUGAAAAGCCAUGUAGAUAAAAUGAUAAUGAAACUGGGGAAGACAAAUUCCAAAGCAGCCUCUGAGAUGAGACAGAGGAUAUGGAGUAAUAUGCAGAAGGACCAUCCGGAUCGUGAAUUAGUCGACCCAUUUCUGAUACCUCUGGUCAUAAUUGGAAGUAAAUAUGAUAUUUUUCAGGAUUUUGACUCUGAGAAGAGAAAGGUUAUAUGCAAGACACUUCGAUUUGUUGCACAUUAUUAUGGAGCAUCAUUAAUGUUUACCAGUAAAUCAGAAGCUCUAUUACUAAAAAUACGUGGAGUUAUCAACCAGUUAGCAUUUGGCAUUGACAGAAGCAAAUCAAUAUGUGUGGAUCAAAAUAAACCACUGUUUAUCACAGCAGGAUUGGAUUCUUUAAGUCAAAUAGGAUCUCCUCCUGUUCCUGAUAAUGACAUUGGAAAGCUUCAUGCCCAUUCACCAAUGGAAUUGUGGAAAAAAGUGUAUGAAAGGGUCUUUCCACCAAAGAGUAUCAACACACUAAAAGAUACCAAGGACCCCGCAAGAGACCCUCAGUAUGCUGAAAGAGAAGUUGACGAAAUGAGAAUGCAGAAGGAUCAGGAACUGGAACAAUACAAAAGAAGUUCCUGCAAGUCUUGGAAACAAAUUGAGCUUGAUUCUUGAACAUAAUUCAACUAUAGUGUAUUUAUUUAUACUUUCCCAAAUACAAGUAAGUUUAUUUUAUUAAUUAGCUAUUAUGGUAAUAAGUGAAGAAAGUUAAGAUGUCUAAUUUGUUAAAGGAAAAGUGGAAUUUCUUGUAUUAGUGCAACUCCCUGGAUACUUUUAAGUCUAUAAAAAGGGGGAAAAGUUGUGUAAUUACAUGCAGUAUUUUUUUUUUAAAUAAAAAGAAUCUUCUGCCUG